AUGCCUCCAACCCAAGCAGCCAAAUUCCCUCUCCCCAAAUCCGCGACCAACCUCCGCGUCGUACCCGACGCACAACUGGACCUCCGGCCCACACCCGAGAUAAUCGCAGAACUGCACACCUUCCGCCCCAUCACCUCCGAGAAAAACGUCUGGGCAUUCUGGGACAAAGGCCUGUCGGCAAUGUACCCAAGCUACCAACACACCGUAACAAACUGGGUGCGCAAGCUCGGUCCCUCCUGGACAAUCCGGAUCGUCGACCUGCAAGACGGCUCGCCGAACCAUAUAUACAACUACGUCGACAAGACCUGGUUCCCGGCGUGUUUCCAAAACCACACCAUGAAUGGCCGACACGCCGCGCAACACGCCGCAGACCUAGUUCGUCUGCCCUUGCUCUACGAGCACGGCGGCGUAUGGAUGGAUGUCGGAAACAUGCUCCACACACACCUCGACCGCCUCUUCUGGAACCAUCUCACCUCCCCCACCUCCCCGUACGAGAUGGCAGUAUGGGUGAUAACAGGGCAAAUCCGCAAACAAUGGGGAAGUUUCGGGAACUACAUGCUCGCGGCACGCAAACACUGCCUCUUCAUCAAGCACUGGCACGCCGGGUACCAAGCCCUAUGGACCAACCGCACGAACGCAUCGGGGAUGCACACGGAGCCGCUGAUGCGGGAGAUCGGGCUGGCGGAGGGGAUGGCGGACUGGCGGUUCGGGGACCGAGUGCGGGAGAUGAGCGAUUACGUGGCGCACAUGUUGAUGGGGGAUCGCACGCGGAAGCUGGUGGAUGUGGAGACGGGGUGGGACGGGCGGGAGUUUUACGAGAGGAAGGUUUUCCAUGUCGAGGGGAUAGAGAACGGGAUUCUAGGGGCGAUUAAGACGGAUUACGACGGGUACAAGCAAGCGGCGCUAUUCGGCACGCGACUCGAUGAGGCGGAUGUGGGGAAGAGGAAGGAGGCGGAGGAGUUUGUGGUUGAGAUGUUGGAGCGGAGUCAUAUGUAUAAGGUGUACCAUAACUCAGCGGGGGGGACGCCGGCGUUGGGGGAUUUGGUGAAGAGGGAUGGGUUUAGGGAUGUGGAUCAUAGGCCGGGGACGUUUGGGGAGAUGUAUCGGUAUGGGACGGUGCAUUGGGAGUCGAUGCGCGAGGUGGAGCGGAUGCUUCCGGAGGAGACGGAUGAGGAGAUGAUUUAUGCUACGCCUACGAUGCCGGCGGUUCGUGUGGUGGAUUGA